AUGUCGACUACGGCCGUCGAGGAGUCCUCGUCGAUGGUUCGACGAGUUUACACCCACUCCUGGUUUCAGAUCCUACUCAUCAGCUUUAUUUGUUUUUGCUGUCCGGGCAUGUACAAUGCCCUUUCUGGCUUGGGAGGAUCCGGUCAGGUCAACUCAACCGUAGCAGCCAAUGCAACAGUUGCCCUACUGUCGACCACGGCGGGAACAGCUCUUUUUAUCGUGGGCCCAAUAUUCAAUUGUGUUGGGCCCCGAAUGUGUCUUCUUCUGGGCGGAUGGACUUAUGCGCUUUACUCGGGUAGCCUGUUGAACUACAAUCAUACCCAAAAUGGUGCAUUCGUUAUAGCGUCCGGCGCGCUUUUGGGUUUAGGUGCCUCGCUUCUAUGGGUGUCGCAGGGAGCGAUUAUGACUACAUACGUCCCCGAGUCGCAGAAGGGACGAGCAAUUGCAGUCUUCUGGAUCGUCUUUAACCUUGGUGGUGGAGUUGGCUCUCUCGCUAGUUUUGGCCUCAAUUUCCACUCGAAGACAGGGACCGUUUCUGACGGAACCUACAUUGCCUUACUCGUGAUUAUGCUGGUAGGGUGGGCACUCGGCAUCUUUAUCUGCAAACCCUCAGCAGUCAGAGUGAAAGGAAUACAGACAAUCGCUAGUGAGGAAUCCAACUGGCGUCAGACAGCACGGCUCGCACUAAGCACCCUGUCUGACUGGCGGGUUAUUUGUAUGGUGCCCUUGUUCUUUUCCGCAAACGUCUUCUAUUCAUAUCAACAAAACGAGGUCAACGGGAUGACUUUCAAUAUCCGCAGUCGAUCUCUAAACGGUGCAUUAUAUUGGAUAGCCCAAAUGAUUGGUGGUCUGGUCAUGGGCUGUUUGCUCGAUAUGCCAUGGCUGACUCGUCGCUGGCGUGCUGUGGCUGGCUGGGCGACUCUCUUCAUUACCGGAAUGUGUAUUUGGGGCGGUGGAUAUGCGUUCCAGCUCUGGUCUACUCACCGACAAGCACAAGGAUUGAAGCAGGACAUUGACUAUACGGAUGGUAGCCUCUCGGCAGGCCCUAUCAUCUUGUAUAUGUUUUAUGGAGGCUACGACGCCUUGUGGCAAUCGUUCUGUUACUGGCUGAUUGGCGCCUUGUCCAAUUCUCCGGCCAAAACAGCGAUUUUGGUAGGGGCAUAUAAGACCUUCCAAUCUACUGGAGGAGCAAUGGCAUGGCGGGUGAAUGCGCUGGGCAUGUCGCCAACAGCCCAGUUUGCGAUGGACUGGGGUCUCUGUAUAGGCUCUCUGGUGUUUGUUAUGCCCACAGUUUGGGCUAUCAAAUCAACGAAUGUGGACGAGGAAGAGUCUGUUGCAGAAAUCCAGGAGAAGGAAGAGGUAAAAUAA